CGCGUAGUGGACGUUCGCGUACGGAACCGGCCGAAAGAGUGUUCACAUUCACAAUUUAAAGGGCAUAGGCUACCAAACAGUCCAAGCCCUAACGGUUUAAUCGACGCAGUAUUUGCAUUCGGCGUGUAACGGUUGUUCUAUCGUUCAGACUAUAAACUGAUAAGCGCAACGGGUGAAUAUGGACGUACGCCUGGUUUGUUUAUGAAAUGUAGCCUAUGUUUCUCUCGUGAGCGUGGAUUUGGAACCUUGCAAAAGUUCACUUGGUAGCUCACCUGCUCUCUAUCGCCAGUGUGGAACGGGCUGUGAUGCGGAUGGUUUCAUUUGAAGAAAGUCAGGCAGGUCUGAUAUUAUAACAGUAUUGUAACGGGGAAGGCUAUUUAAACCUCAUCCUCUGACAAGGCGUAAAUACAGUAAUAGCUCAGACCUAUUCAUCCUCAGGAGAGGUUGCGCCGAAUAAGCAUCAAGCUAUACUCUAACUAACCAAGCAUUCAUUCGGAGGGGUUAUCUCGUCGCCUGUCAUUCUUUCAUCUGUAAUAUUGACUGAACAGUGAGUUUCUGGGAGAUGGAUCCUGACAACAAGAACCAAAGCCAACCUCACGCUGAGAACCCAUCUGGACGAGCAGAGGUUUUAACCCCCACUCCAGCAGCACCUCCAGGCACAGAAGCGCCAACCUCUGAACCCUGCGCCUCUGCUCCUGCUCCUCAACCGUCAGUCCCAGCGCGGCCUCGACGGCCUCAGAGGACCCCCAGAGUAGAGGGCUCUGUGGACGUCUGUGAGCCCAAACCUCCAGAGGCCAACCAGGACAGAUCCACUCCUGAUGCUCCAGCUGGGGCCAGACGUUAUAAGCCCUUGCGGCCUGGAGCAACCAAGCCCCCUGGGGGACCUGGUGGGCCUGGGGGGGCCACUGAAACCACUCUGAAGGCUGGCCCUAAAGUCCCAGGCCACCCCCCAGGGGCCCGGAGCCCCAUCUCAAUGAGGGCAGCCUCAGUGCCCCAGCCACCGUCCUCCAGGCCUAUACCUCCCCACCUCAACCCUCAUGCCCAGAGGGCCUUCUCUGUGUCGGGCACCGCGGACACUCAGGCCCAGGUGGUAGAAGACUUCAGGGUGCACAUAAUCACAUGGAAUGUGGGCGGUGCCAUGCCGCCGGAUGACAUCACUGCUCUGCUGGGAUUACACAUUGGGGAUGGAAACACAGACAUGUAUAUCAUUGGGCUACAGGAAGUCAACUCCAUGAUCAACAAAAGGCUGAAAGACGUUCUCUUCACAGACCAAUGGAGUGAUGCCUGCAUGGAGAGACUCAGCCCCUUCGGAUACAUACUGGUGACGUCCCAGCGGAUGCAGGGUGUGUUGCUGCUGGUGUUUGCUAAGUACUACCACCUCCCCUUCCUUCGAGGGGUGCAGACAGAGACCACCCGCACUGGCCUGGGGGGCUACUGGGGUAAUAAAGGGGGUGUGAGUGCGCGCAUGUCUGUGUUUGGUCACACCAUCUGUUUCCUGAACUGCCACCUGCCGGCCCACAUGGAGAACUCGGAGCAGCGCAUGGAGGACUUUGAGAGCAUCCUGCAGCAGCAGCAGUUUGAAGGCCAGGCUGCCACAGGGGUGCUCGACCACGAUGUGGUGUUCUGGUUUGGAGAUCUGAAUUUCCGCAUUGAUGAACUGGAGAUUCCAGCAGUGAAAACAGCCAUUGAUAACAACAAACUCACCAUGCUGUGGGAGAAAGACCAGCUGAACAUGGCCAAAGACAGCGAGAUGGUGCUGGAGGGCUUUCUGGAGGGACCUCUCAAGUUCCCCCCCACUUACAAGUUUGACGUGGGGACAAAUACAUACGAUACAAGUGGGAAGAAGCGUAAGCCUGCGUGGACAGACAGGAUCCUGUGGCGUCUGAGGGCCACAGCUCCCCUUGGGCCGGCCUCUAAUGCUGGGAAGAGAGGCUCUAUGUCAGGGCUGAGCAGCGGGACCAAGGUCACCCAGCACUUCUACCGCAGUCACAUGGAGUACAUGGUCAGCGACCACAAGCCUGUCUCUUCCAUCUUCACCCUGCAGUUCCCCUAUAAGGUGGACAUGCCCCUGGUGACGAUCAUGGUGGAGGAUGAGUGGAACAGCAUUGCAGACGCCACCUGCACUUUCAAGGCUGCGCCUAAUUUCGCUCGCAGCUCCUGGGACUGGAUUGGGCUGUACAAGGUGGGAUUCAAACACCAUAAGGACUAUGUAGGCUAUGUGUGGGCCAAGCAGGAGGAGGCAGAUUACCAUAGAGUAGAACACGAGGUGACCUUUACUGAGGAAGAGUUGCCCAAGGGCUCAGGAGACUUCAUUUUGUGUUACUAUAGCAACAACACGAGCACCCUCGUGGGUGUGACAGAGCCUUUUCAGAUCCAGCUGCCCACCUCCAGCCCCGCCGGUAGCCCCUCUGACGACAGUUCUGACUUCACCUCUGAGGAUGACAGCACAGUGGUCGGUAUGAAGAACAAGUCCUGCAGUCCCAGCCCCCGGAAAAAGAAGCACAGAACCCGACAUAGCCAUAGCCGCAGUCCUAGCCACAGCCGUAGCCGCAGUGGCAGCCCUGCUCUGCCCGAAAUGAAGGGCCUCAAGCUGCAGCCUGGCUCGGCCCACAACACCGCUGAUGGCUCUGUCUCUGGCAACGCCCCAGAGGGUACGGAUGGGGAGAAGGAGAAGGCCUCAGCUGAGGCUGGGAAUACAGGGUUGUGAUGGAGCCCCUGUUAUCCUGCUCUCACAUAACCAACUCUGUGUGGUUUCUUUAUCUAUGAUGCACUGUACUGUAUUGUAUGUUUCCUUUACUGAAAAUUUACAUUUUCGGGUGCCAUUUGUUUCAGGACUGGGGUUAGGCUUCUGGUGCAGGAAGACUACUUUGUCUUGUGUGAUUUUUCUUAACCUGUUUUCAAAUGUAUAUCUCUCUGUAGGUUCUCUCAUUCCUCUCUCACACUCUGUCACUCUUCCCUCUCAGGCGUAGAAAAUACAGGGAGCUUUUGGCUGAUUUGAAUAGGUCCUUACAUGGCAAAUCAUUACCAAAUCCCAGGCAGAGGCAAAUGGCCACCAAAUGCAUUUUGGGUCCAUAUCGGCAGUUGUUUCACAGAUAUUUUGAAGCAGCAUAAUAUUUGCCCCUCUAUAUCAGCCCUGGUGGCUUAGUCAGCAGAUUAGCAUGUGUGUGAGCAUGAGGAAAUGGUGUCUCCUGAUGAGGUGAACGAUUAGUUUGACUCCCAAAGGGAACAUUGCUCGCAAAUAGGAAUAAUCCCUAUUUGCUUUAGCAAGUCCUGUCCUACAUUUCAAUACUGCAUUGUGUCUACUGCUACAUACAUUCUCUAAGGGACCCGGCCGGUUACCAUGGAAAAAUCCAACAACCCCUUGUGAGUUGUGAGCUCUCCUCUGAGCGGAAGGUCUUUUUUGUAAAACUAUCCUGAGGCCUGACUGCAUGGGUCACUUAAAUGCCAUGAUGAAAAAAUAAGGUAAAAAAUGGCAAUGUUCACCUUUAGGGUACUGGUGUUUCCAGUUCUCCUCUUUCCUUCCCUCCUCACCUCUCGCUCUCUCUUUCUCUCUCUCUCUCUCUCUCUCUCUCUCUCU